CGGGGCGCCCAUGCGCACCGGGCGCAGCCCGGCGGGCACGCGCGCGGAGGGCGCCGACCGGAAGCCGCCGCCGUCGUCGAUCCAGGAGCUCCGCGAGAAGCUGGAGCGGCGCCGCCAGGCCCUCGGCUGCGCCUCGGCGCGCGGCGCGGACGGGCCUGCGGGCGAGGGCGAGCCCGACGGCCUCGAGAGCUCGUGCGGCAGCGCCGCCCGCCGGCGGCCGUCGGUGGAGGACCUCAAGAGGAGCAGCGCCGUCCAGGCGAAGAAGAACUCGCUGCGGCAGAUUGGCGUCGACGCCGUGCUGCUCUCGGACUCGCGGGGUGCAGGCUGA